AUGAAUGAGUUGUAUGAGGCCGCCCACAUUACUCGGCCCAUUUUGAAAGAAAAGGUCGAGAAGCUGGUGCAACAAGUCUGCCAAAGUCUCAGCGACGAUCCAGAUACUGUUGAGAUAAAGCUCCCAGAGCUCAAGGGCAGAGAAAGAGCCAGCCGCAAAGCUCAGGAUGACUAUUCAGGCCGCGUACCUGGUCCAGGUAUUGCAUGGUUGUAUGAUGUUCUUCGAUGUAGCAUCUUGUUCCAGUCUGCGGAUCAAGUAUUGAAAUGCAUUGAUAUUUUAGAGCAAGACGAAACCUUUCACAUUGUCAAGGUUCAAAAUCGAUUUCAGAUUCCCGCCUUGACUGGAUAUCGAGACCUUAAUUUUCACAUUCAACUCGAUGGUGGCGGCGGCUUUCAACACAUUUGUGAGAUUCAAGUGCACCAUCGAGCCAUCCAAUGCUUGGAUUACACUUUGAUGACGCACAAUUACUAUGAGUACUUUCGGUCUUACUUUUCGGGGGCGACUGGUAGUCUGGAGGAACGAUUGAACGAUUUAAAGUUGAUUGGUAAAGGUGUGGCCGUGGUGAACGAAUCCUUCUUGGACGACCUGUUGCAACAAAGUGAAGAAGAAGAUAGAUCAAGGCUGAGGCGACUGGCAAAGCUAUUUGAAGAACAACUAUGUGAACAUGAGUGGGCACUCAAAGUUUGGGAGCGAGUGCUGGUGCUCGAAACAUUGAGGAAUGGAGAAGAUUAUGUUUUCUUAUCAGAUGUUUACUACUUUGUGGCAGGCACAUUGAAACAGCUAGGUCAAGUAGAACGAGCAUUGGAAUUCUAUCAAAAGGCAAUAGAUAUUCGGUUGGAGAAUUCUGGGGAAGAUCCAAUCGAAGGGCUAGAAGCAUAUCGAUACUCUUUGGACUGGUCCUUUAUGCAAAAGGGCGGCGUGUCUUUGGCAGACAUUUACAAUGAGAUGGGGCUCUUACUUUUUGAACAGCAAGCUGACCUUCGUGGAUCUAUACUGCAUUUCCAGCGAUCUCUAAAAAUCAAGAAGGAACAUUAUAAGACAUCAGAUCACCCCUCAGUGACCAAGACAUAUGCAAAUCUCGCGAUGGUACUCCGAUUCAACUGA